AUGGCAACCAAUAAAUCCAAAUGGAAAGGGAGGAUGCCGUUUGACCCCGAUGAAAAUUUAAAAUCCAUCGACUCGCGCUUUCUCUCGAAACCUGCAAUGGGCGUGAUCGAACCCCCUGAUUGGCCACCCAGACCAGACAUCUUCGACGAGGUGCUUCUGAGAAAACCCGUCACCCCAGAAAGGGCCCACGAUGCAUACAUGGCAUGGUAUUUACCAGACCAAACCCUCGGCAAGGUUUGGCAGCAAUGGGAUGAGAAGAAACAGCGUCCAUUCACUCGACCCCCCGACAGAGAACUCGAUAUCCAUGUCCUGGCACACAACGUGUAUGAGCAUCUGAUGAGCGAUCCCCUCCUACCCGUGGCCUAUGAAGACGGUGGAAAAAUAAUCGCACAGCAAGGGCUCGACCGAAAAUAUGAUCUUUCCAAGAACAUGCAGCAGACGAAACAGGCGGCGAUCGACUCGGGCAGCCUUGGAUACCUGGAAUUUCUGGAUUUGAGUCAGCUUCGAGCAGAAUGCGAAGAAAGGGGACUGGAUACGUCUGGAGAUGAAGCCAAGCUCAGAGCUCGCAUUACGACAGACACCAUGGACAAGUGGUCGGGGAUGUUAACGAAGAGCGACCUUUCUUACUGGGGCGUAAAGCGCACACACAAGUAUGGGUUGGAACCCUGGAAGAGAGUCAAGGCGACUGCACUAGAAAUGUACACUGUUGCAAUUCAAAUCAGUCCCUACAAUCCGACUUACUGGGUCAGUCGGGCUUACUGUCAUUAUCAACUGGGAUUUUUCGAUCUGGCCAUUGGUGACGCCUACCGUGCACAACUUCUUUGCGAUGUGCUUGAGCAGUCAUUGGAGCGCAAUCGACGACCUGGAUUCUACAUGCGAAUUUGGGAGGCAGUCGAGGCACACUUGAUGGUAUUUCCUCGUGAUAAGAAAGGGAAUCUCAACCCUGAAGUUGCUCGCAUGCGGAGGGCAAACGGUGUCAAUGUUUUUGUGCCCACGCUUCAGAAGUCGCUUCACAGUAUCAUCAGUCUUAGUCUUGCUGGACUCAACGCAUGGCACGACUACCUUGACCACAUGAAGAUCCUCGAAACCAGACUGGGGAUGCCUGAUCGUGAUGUGCGAGUGCCACAGCUUCGCAACACUUUGAGCGAAAAGGCCGCCAAGGUCUACGAGGAACAGACCCAGCAUAAGAAGAAACUCUUCUUCCAUGAGCACAGCGCUGGUGCAGUUCCAGCUAGUCGACCGUAUCCAUUUGAGGCACAGGAUGUCGAUCGCACUUCGUCGUCAUUCCUGGACAAACUGAAUAAGAAUGUCUUCAAUGAGAAUGGCAUAACGGGUAAAGACUCGAAGCCAACCUGUGUCAUUCGCAAGGCUGGUGGUGAUAAGCAGGAAAUUGGUGUCUUCGCCAGGAGCGCAAUCAAGACUGGCGCCGUCAUUCACAUUGAAGAGCCCACGAUUCGAGGUCAUCUUCCACCGCGCCGCUUGCCCAAGGACUUGCACGGCAAAGCCUAUGACAAAAGCCGAUGUGAAAACUGCCUCAAGCCGAUCAGUCCAGCGAUGGUUCGACAACUGAAAAAUAAGGCCCCAACUAAGUGCCCAUGUGCUGAUAUGUGGUUACGCCAGCCCGCUACCCCUGGUCGGAUGUUCUGCAAAGCGCCCCCGAAGUGGCAGAGUGAAAAGAGCUGCCUAGAAAUUGCCCGCGAGAUUCAUCAUUUCGGUAGCUGUGGCAAAGACUGGCAGUGGCUUUAUGAUUCCAUGCGACCGGUUGUCAGUACCUGGAUGGGCCAAGAGUUUAUUUCCCACACAAAUGAAGGCCAUGGAACCACGCUCAUGCUUCUUUUACGCAAUGUGUUUGAGAUCGCGCUGCACCGUCGGCAGGAGGAACCAGAUGAUAAUAUGCGACUGAACGCGCACGAGAUCGACGAGCUCCUGGUUCUUGAUGGGAACAGCAAGUCAUGGAGAGAAAGCUGGUUCCCCUUCAACCUGGCAGCGAACAUCAAGGUUCCUUUCGAUAUCCUUGAAUCUCUCGGCGUGGAUAUCUUCCAACGACCAGAAUUUGAUACAUGGAUUAUUCAGAUCAUCUUGCGCAAGCUGCUAGUCAAUGCUGUACCAUGGGAUCCGCGGCGCCAGGGAGAAGUCCCCGACAGAUUGGCAACCGAUCGAGACAAGAAGCUUUAUGCCCCGGAUGUCCAGUUCGAGCGCAUGGAGAAGAGAGAACCACUUAUGGAUAUUGAUCCGUCUUUGCAAAACCUUUACCUUUUCCCGGGACUGAGCAUGUUCAAUCAUUCCUGUGCAGGAUCCCACAAUGCAGAUUGGGGCUAUGACAAGCUAGUUCCCAACCGUGUCAUCGUAUGGGCUACCAGGAACAUUGCCCAGGGAGAAGAAAUUCGAAUUCGUUAUCGGAACCACGCAAUCAAAUCCCAGCGACGUGCAACCCGACUCUUCGGAGGUCCAUGCAAAUGUCCUCGAUGCCGCAGGGACCCACCAAGACCACAAACCCCGGAUUCCGAGAACUUCAGUGAUCAGACAUAUCCUUCCGAGGAUGAGCCCGAACCUGUAAUCAGCCCACUGAGGGUCCCAUACGAGAAACAGAAUGAUAACGAGAACCCCAAUCCUUUAGCCAUGCAAAUCGCUCGAGGCGGCGAAGAACGACCCACCUACAAGGAACAUGCUGUUGUCAAGGAUGGCAAGGUGGUGAUCUAUCGCGAGCUGUCGGUCCGAAAACCACCGCAAUCACCAACACGGAAGAGAAAGCUCGAAGAAAUGGAGGCUGAGGAGAAAGAGGAGGAGAGGGGGAAUGAGAAGGAGGAGGUAGUGAUGGUGGCGGAGUAG